UGUCAUUAAUUUCCCCAACAACAACUUUUCACGUUUUAUUCCGGCGAGUACCAUCAGCUUGUCCUGUGUCGGCGACUGUACCGCGUUUCUGCCUUUUGCACGUGUUUGAAUUAUAAAUUUGCUUGCUUUCAAAAUGACUGAGGUUAUUGCCGAAACUCCAGCAACUGAACCUGCCCCGGAGGCAGAGAAACCAGCGCCCACCGGAGAGGAACUGGAAAAAUUGGAAGCUGACAUCAUUCGGCAGAUCGAGUAUUACUUUGGUGACGCAAAUUUAGUGCGUGACAAGUUCCUGCAAGAACAGAUCACCAAGGACGAUGGCUGGGUUCCGUUCGAUGUCCUCUUCACCUUCAAGCGCUUGGCCGCUUUGAGUACGAACGUCGAUGUCGUUUGCAAUGCACUGCAAAAGUCGGAGGAGGGACUCAUUGAGGUCAGCGAGGAUAAGACUAAAAUUAGGCGCCAUCCCGAGCACCCGGUACCCGAACUGAAUGAGGAACGGCGAAAGGAAAUCGCUUCGCGUACUGCCUACAGUAAAGGGUUCCCAGUCGAUGCCGAGAUGUCUGACUUGAUCGAUUUCUUCGCGCCCUAUGAGAAGGUGGUGAACAUUGUGAUGAGGAAAUACCACGACAAACCCACGAAGACGUACAAGUUCAAGGGCAGCGUGUUCGUUACUUUCGCCAAGAAGGAGCAAUGCGAGGAUUACAUCAACAAGGAGAAGGUCGAGUACAAAGGCACCGAUAUCAUUCGCAAAUGGCAAGAGAAAUAUCUGGAAGAUAAGAAGGAAGAACGAAGCUCGAAAAAGAAGAACAAGAAGCAACCGGCUGAGCCCGAAAUCAACCUACCAAAGGGUGCCGUGAUCCACUUCGAAGGAUGUGGCGACAGCACGACCUGGGAACAAGUCAAAGAGGCCAUUGUGCAGUUGGGCGGUGAAGUGGCGUACAUAGAAUACACCAGAGGUGACAAGAGUGGUUAUGUCCGUCUGCAGCAAGAGAACAGUGCCCAGCCGUUCCUGGAUAAGGUGGAGGAUAAGAAGAUCAAACUCGCAGACGACACAGAACUAACGCUUCGCACUCUCACCGAAGAGGAAGAGAAGGAGUUCCUCAAGAAAGCAGUCGAGCAUAUGAAGUCGAGGCGAAACAAUCAGAAUAAGCGCAAGUUCGGAAAUAACAGGAAGCGCCGACCAGAGGCCGCAGCAGAGGAUGAGCCGCCAGCAAAGAAGGACGACAAAUAAUCCAGACACUCUAUUCACUAGCAUUUUUCUUAGAUUUGAUAAGAAACUUUUCCCACAUCCCCUAAGGAAAUGUGGUGUUAUAAAAAUUUUAUCGGAAAACUGGCGAAGCGGGACGAACUCGACGCCUUUUUUACAUUUUUGAGUAUAACACUUGCUUAUCCUUUGCCCCUAUGUUAAGUUUGAAAGAGGAAUGACUUCAUCGCGACUUUAAAUUAUUUUCUAUUCGUUCGACUUCAUGGAAUAUAUCGAUGCGGACUCUGAUUGGGAUCGUGAAUUGAAUUCUGAAGUAUGUGUUGAUAGUUUGGUGAUUACUGACUGGUUUUUUUGUACGUGGAAGUGUUCGAUUACGAAGAAAUUUGUAAUAUAUUUUAUCAUCAACAACUCUAUAUAUACAUACUUUAGAAACUGAAUAAAUGUGUAAAAAUUAAA